AUGAGUGAAGAAGGAAUUUGCUGUCCAGUGUGCAUGGAAAGAUUCAAUGAGAGCCGCCACUCUCCUCUCCUUUUAGGAUGCGGCCACACCUUUUGUCGGGACUGUCUCUGCUCACUCCACAAAACCAAACAACAGCUCAAAUGUCCUCACUGCAACAAAGUUGAUCACCGAGCACCAGAUCUGCUGCCUAAGAACUACAUCUUAUCUGAAGUCGUCUUAAAAUCGCUGUACAAUACAACCACUGAGUCAGACCCGUGGUCUUGCAAGUUGCACCCUGGGGAAAAUAUUGCUUUUAUGUCUCAAAGUACCCGACAACUCUUCUGUUCUGAAUGUUUGAAUGGGAAAAACGUCAGAGACCUGAUCAUGCUGGAGUCUCAAAGCAUGGCAUCUCAGCUAAAGGUUUUCAAAGAUCUCUAUGAAGGCUGCUCUGUGCAUGACUUACAUUUAAGGGCUGAAGUCUGUGGGCAGUUAAGUGAAGCUUUAGAAGGGCAAAAACUGCGAGUGAUUACAACUAUUGAUUCCGCCUACAUGAGUGCUGUGCAAGCUUUAGAAAACCAGUUUACAGCGUAUAAACAGAGGAUUGCCACAGCUUUCAAUAAAGAAAGAGAUAAGCUGACAGAUACCAAAGAUUUACUGAAUUUGUUGAAAGAAAUGAAAUCUGGAGGAGUCCCAAUGAAUAAAAUCACCCAGAGCAUGCCAGUGCCGAAACAGCUACAAAUAAUUGGGGCGUUGAUGUCUAUAAGUGAAAUUGGGAUUUCAGCUGACCUGAAAAAGCUUGCUUACACGCCUUUUGAGUUUCAAAACAAGAUUGAAUUGCCAUCUAAAGCGUUUGAUGUAGCAGUUGCGAUUAUCGAAACCCCAGUCCACUUGCUUAAAGGAAUUGGCGCUUCUAUGGAUACAGCUGAAAAAAAAUUAAGCAGAUUUGGCCCUCCUACCAAUAGAUGGGGAAUUUUUGAGGGCAGAAAUCAAAUAGAAGCAGUUACCUUUACAGUGAAUAAAAAGAUGUUCAUCACUGGGGUGGGGAUUGGGAAUGCUUAUCAUGUAGGAAAAACUGUGAAAAUUGAAAACUUAAAAGUGAUUAAUGGCUCAACUACGAAUUCUCCUGCAAUUUAUGAGGAUACUAAUAUUGACUUGUUUUACGAAGCCAAUUCUUCAAAAGUGGUCAAAAUUUCGUUUAAAAAAGCUGUGGAGUUGGAAUGUGAUCAUGACUAUACUAUAAAAGCAGUGCUCAAAGGAGACGCAGGCGUUUUUAGAGGUGGAACUACAACAAGGACCAAAAAUGGGGAAAACGGGAUUAUUUUUAAGUUUAAAAAUACUACUUAUGAUGCUGAUGAUGUAAAGAAUGGAGAAAAUGCUGACGAUGGGCCGAUUUUUGAUAUUUACUAUAAAUUAAGCAUCGACCAGUCUAGCUCUGAUAUGAAAUUUUCUAGAUUCGAAAGUGCACAAGGGCAAUGGGGAUUCUUUUCAGAGCAUCAAGUAGAAGCUUUUACAUUUAGCUUCGACAAACCAGUAAUGCUUUCAGGCUUUGGCGUUGCAAACCCUGUACAAGAAGGCAGCACCUGCACUAUCAACUCAUUAAAAAUCCUUAAAGGAAACUCAACUCAAGGUCAGCUGGUCUUCGAAAAUCCUGAAAAAAUGACUUUGACAAAUAACGGUGCUGAUCCUAUCACCAAGAUCCAGCUUUCAAGCUUAGUUAAACUCCAAGCAGGAGAAAAGUAUACAGUCCGAAUCGAAAUUAAAGGAAGUGACUGGGUUUUUCGUGGCCAAAUUUUUAAAGGAAACGUAAUUACAGUCAAUAAAAUCACUCUAACUACAGAAAAGGCUGAGUAUGCAGGAGGGGACACCAAAGAUGGGGAUAAUGAAAGAGACGGACCAUUAAUUGACAUUUAUAUAGCCUCAACAGAUGCGGUUUCUGCCUUCGGCAUGGGAGAAGUCCCUGAUAGACUUGUAGAGCUUGCUGGAGGGGAAACACAAAUUUGCAGAUUUGAAGAGACUGAUAAACAGUGGCACCUCAACAGCGAAAAUCAGGUAGAGACAUUCAGUUUUUCUUUCAGUGAAGACGUUCUUCUUACAGCUUUAGGCCUAGGAAACUGUGUUAAGGUAGGAAAUUUCAUCACUGUAGAAAACGUCCAGAUCCUCUCAGGAUCUUGCUCUAUAGGCCCUAUAAUCUAUAAUUCAACACAACAGGUCUGCUUGUAUAAUCAUACAGAUACAAACCCAGUCGUAAAGGUGAAGCUUGAAUCUCCAUUAAAAAUAACUGGAAACAUUCCAUAUACCUUAAGAGUUAUAAUGAGAGGUGAAGGCAAAGCUUAUAAAGGGAAAAAAUUCCGAGGAGCUGCUAUCACGAUGCCAGAUGGAAUAAUAUUUAAGUCAAUGAAAAGUCGACUUGGAGGAACUGAUAAGCGAAAUGGCGACAAUGAAUCAGCUGGGCCUCUAUUUGAUGUUUACUAUAUUCCGCUGGAAAAACCAUAUUCUCUUGACCAAUACAAUGAGCUACUCAACUUGUUAUUCCCCAAGUUUACGGAAAAAAAGAGUCCUGAAGUGCUGCCUGGAGAAGAGAGCAAAGUCUGCAGGUACGCGACGACAGGAUCUAGUUGGCAUAUAAAUACAGACGGUAAGCAGGUCGAAGCGAUCUCCUUUAAAGUCUCCAAAAACAUACGGUUAACUGCAUUAGGACUAGGAAACGCCCACGAAGAAAGCAAAAAGGUGACCAUCAGGAAAAUUCAAAUUAGAGAAGGCAAAAGUACCCGCGGAAACAAGGUUUAUAAUCACAGCACAAAGGAAAAACUCAUCAAUAUCGGCGAGGAAAGCAAGUUUGUAAGGGUGGGGCUUGAAAAUCCUGUAAUUUUGGAGCCAGAAACAUGGUACACCCUAAGAAUCAAGUAUAAGCAAGGAGCUCCAGUGUGCAGAGGGACAACCGUGAAUAACCAUCCAUCAGCGAAUGGGGUGCAGUUUGACUUUGAAAAAGCCAAAUUUGAUGGAGGAGACAUGGAAAAUGGAAGCCAUGAAGUGCAUGGUCCUUUGAGGGAUUUUUAUUUCCAUCUAUAA